CAGAGAAGGAGACAGAGAUGGAUAUGGUGAAGGAGAAGGAAAUGGAGAUGGAGAGGAGAAGAAGGAGAAGGAGAUGGAGAAGAAACACAGGUAGAAGAAGGAGGGAAAGGAAGGAAAAGGAGAUGAAGGAGAUCGAGAUGGAAGUGGAAAAGGAGAGCUGACAAAUGAAAGACCGGCUGCUGGGGUCGUUGCUGGAUUCAGCAGCACCAGCGGCACCUGCGUCCCUUUGGGGCACAAAGUGUGGUGAGAGGGUUCAUUAUCUCCUGGGGAGGCUGAGGCUUCAGUGCUGGGGGAUCCCGUGGGCUUGUCCCGAUGAGUGCUGGGAUGGAAAUGCAGCUCUGCUCUGAUGCCUGGUGCAAUGAGUUAUGAAUGUAUGCUGUAAAAUUGCUCCCUGGAUUUAAUUACCCCAUGAUUAACCUAUGUAAUCACUGGGAAAACAGCUUCUGCGGCAGCGCUCGUGAUCUGAACCCCCAAAGCCUGGAGAGAUGCUCCACCCACAGCCUCGAGAGGGUUAUUAUGUAGAUGGUGAAACCCCAAACCUUGAUUUAGGGGAGCAGCUGGAGUCAUGGAAUCACAGAAUGGGUUGGUUUGGUGGGACCUCAAAGCUCACCUAUUCCCACCCCCUGCCAUGGGCCGGGACACCUCCCACUGGAUCAGGGUGAUCCAAGCCCCAUCCAACCUGGCCUGGCACACCUCCAGGGAUGGGGCAGCCACCACUGCUCUGGACAACCUGGGCCAGGGCCUCCCCACCUCACAGCAAAACAUUUCUUCCUAAGAUCUCAUCUCAAUCUCCCCUCUUGCAGCUCAAAACCGUUCCCCUCAUUCUGUUCCUGCACUCCCUGAUCCAGAGCCCCUCCCCAGCUUUCCUGGAGCCCCUUUCCAUACUGGAAGCUGCUCUAAGGUCUCCCCAGAGCCUUCUCUUCUCCAGACUGAACAACCCCAACUCUCAUCCUGUCCUCAUACGGGAGGUGCUCCAGCCCUCAGAUCAUCUCCGUGGCCUCCUCUGGACUCACUCCAACAGCUCCAUGUCCUCCCUGUGCUGAGGAGUCCAGAACUGGACACAGGGCUCCAGGUGGGGUCUCACCAGAGAGGAGCAGAGGGGCAAAAUCCUCUCCCUCGCCCUCUGGUCCCUCUGCUCUGGAUGCAGCCCAGGACUUUCUCCCACUCUGAUGAACACCUCAGGGUGGGAUGCGACACCGGUGGAAGCAAAGCAUCUCCUUUUUGGUACCUCCACCUCACGGCACAUCCUGCGUGGUCUGGGGCAUCGCUCAGCCCCUUCCUGCCUACGGGGGAGGGAAGGCUGCGAAGGUCCUUGGUGGAGCAGCUCAAGCCCAGCCGUCCCAUUUUUCCCUGCAUGGAGGUGGCCUAAUGGCUUUUCUCCUGCGGCUUUUUGGCUUCUCGGAGAAGAAGAAGCCACCGAGGAGGUACGAACAUAUCAAGUGGGAUGUUGACCCUGAGCAGGCCUGGCUGGUGCUGGGUGAACUGGGCGACGGUGCCUUUGGCAAGGUCUUCAAGGUGCAGCACAAGGUGACAGGGGCAUUGGCGGCUGCCAAGGUGAUCGAAACGCAGAGCGAGGAGGAACUGGAGGACUACAUGGUGGAGAUCGAGAUCUUGGCUUGCUGCGACCACCCCAACAUCACCAAGCUGCUGGAUGCGCUCUACUGGGACGGGCAGCUCUGGAUCCUGAUGGAGUUUUGUCCUGGUGGGUCUGUGGAUGCAGCGAUUUUGGAGCUGGAGAAAAGGUUGACGGAGGAGCAGAUCCGAGCCGCUUGCAAGCAGCUGCUUCUGGUGCUGCGGUACUGCAAGAUCAUCCACAGGGAUGUCAAAGCUGGCAACGUCCUCCUCACUCUCGAUGGCGACGUCAAGCUGGCUGAUUUUGGUGUCUUGGCCAAGAACUCCAGCACCAUCCAGCGCCGGGUGUCCUUCAUCAGCACCCCGUACUGGAUGGCUCCAGAGGUGGUGCAGUGUGAGAUGUCCAAGGAGAACCCCUACGGCUACAAGGCUGACAACUGGUCACUGGGCAUCACGCUGAUUGAGAUGGCUGAGAUGGAGACCCCCUAUCACGAGCUGAACCCCCUCCGGGUGCUGCUGAAGAUCAUCAAGUCCCAGCCGCCCACCCUGCGUCAUCCAAGAGGUGGUGAGUCCCUGUGCAGAGACACCACCCCAACACAAGUGGUGGUAGGAGGUGUCCCAUGGGGCAGCUCAUGCUCGAAGCUAUGGACAGCCUUUGUCGUGGGCAUCUCCGACAAGCGGCCACUCUGGGAGCUGGUGGCAGAAGCCGGGGUGUAUGUGCUGGAGGAAGAGGAUGAGGAUGAAGGUCUGGACCCGUUGCCUGGGCAGGAGCAUGGGGAGUCCUCCUGCCCCACGAUGCCCAUGUGUCCCCUGGAGCAUCCGCCUCCGGACACUGCAGGGAGAGUCACCGAGGAGCCGGGUAUCUCAUCUGACAUCCAAGUGGUGGCAGAGUCCAAAAUCAAGAGAGGGUCUGUCUUCUUGAAGCAGAUAAGGAGGAGGUCCUCGCCCGAGCCCAUGAGCUCCAUGAGGUUCCCUGGGAAGAAGCCGUCUGAGUUCCUGAAGCUGAUGAGGCGCAGGUCAUUUUUUGGAGGGAUGAAGUCCCAAGAAGCAGCUAAGGGGCAUCAUGGAGCAGAUCACAAAGGACUGGACAUUAUGGUGCUGAGUGCUCCUCAAGGGACAUCAGCCCCAGCAGAGGCAGGAGAAGCUCAAGGGUGUCCACAGAUGGAGACCAGUCUUCUGGGGACACCCUGCAAAGCAGCAGAGCUCCCUUUGGGGCAACAGCGGGCAGGAGCCCUUGCUGAACUGCGAGAGGUGAAGGCAGAGCAGGUUGGACCCAAGGCAGAGCCCCAUGAGGAAAGUCACCAUCCCAAUGCAUCACCAGUGGCCAAAGCACCCACAGAGGGACAGCUUGCAGCCCAACCAAGCCCCAUUUUGACCCCCAAAAAAGAGUCAAGCAGAGAACCUACUUGUAACUCAACAGCUCUGUCUGCAUCCAUGGACAGGGGCCGUCAGCUGAUGGCAGCCCUGGACCUUUGGACAGUGGGGACCAAGACCUAGAGCUUCAAGGGGCUGCCAGAGCAUUGGCACCAGGUUACUCAGUUGUUGCAAGACCUGAAGGUUGAGGUUGGCUUCACUGGGGCUUAAGAUGUCCUUGAGAAGGAUGAUGAUGGAGCAGGGAGAGCACCCACGGGAGCCAAGGGUGCUAGAGAGCCCGGGGACACGGAGCUGGUGGAGGAGAGGGUGCUGGGUGAAGCAUUGUUGAUGCCCAGAGCGACGGAGGUGGGGUUGGAUAUGAUCAAGGGGUGGCAGGAGCCCCCGGCCGGUCUCGGGGAGGCUGGGAAGAGGAACAGUGGGGAGAGAAACUCAGCUGCAUGUGAGUCUCUCACUGACCCCCUGGACCUGGUUGAGCUGGAGAGGAACGAGGAGGAAGCCAAUGCUGAAACUGGGGAUGAAACUUCUCCCAAGGGAGCCCUGGUGCCAGCAGAAGUGAAAUUGGAAGAGGGCAUUAUAGAAGGGUGUUUGAUUGGAGACCGUAACCCAGUGAGAGAUGCAGCCGGCCCAGGGAAGCUGAUGUUGACGGGAGAGGAACCAGUGGGAGAUGCAGCCGGCCCAGGGAAGCUGAUGCUGGCGGGAGAGGAACCAGAGGCAGCCUUGGUGGAAUGUGCAGGACACAGACCUGCAAGUGAGGAGGCCCAGAAUUCAGCAGAGGAUUAAUUUCCCGUGGAGAUCCCAACAUCUGCUGAAGAAGGAAUAGAGGAGAUCAUGGAAAACAGCUCCAAAGAGAACCAGCCAAGAGCUGCUUAUGGGAAUGACUGGAAUGGACAAGAUGGAAAGGAUGGAGAGCUUGAAGAAGACGGCGUGCAGGUUGCUCCUGCUCCUGAAAGGCAAACAAAGGAUGGACCUAGAAAGAUCGGUGACUUGGACGGUCAUGGAGCACUGCCAGAUCCCCAGGAGGCCGUUAAUGGACAUCCAAAGGCCGCAAAGACUGUGGGCUUUGAUGUUACCCUUGUCCGCACCUCUUCCCGGGUGCAGGCAGUGUGGGAAGCAGGGAACACACCAGAUCCAUCCAUCGCAUCAAAGCAAGGAGAGGAGCCAGGCCCUGUGGAAACCCCUGCAGAUGUAGAAGGUCCAAGUGUCCUCCCUGCAGCAACACAGCCUUUCCCCUCCGCUGGGGAAGCCCAGCAGGUGAACUUGCAGGAACCUGCCUUGCUCCAAAGGACGGUCAAGAAAACACGCAGGUUUGUGGUGGAUGGGGAAGAGGUGAGCGUGACGACUGCCAGAACUCUUGGCAAGGCUGGGGCAAAGGGUGACAUGGUGCACUCGGCGCGGCGCCAGGAUCUCCGCGAGCUGCGAGUGCUGCAGAAGGAAGAGCAGCGAGCGCAGAGCCAGCUGGAGCAGAAGUUUCACCAGCAGCAGGAGCAUAUGUGUCACAUUGAGCAGGAGAUGACGAGCAAGAAGGAGUUUUAUGACUGGGAGGUGGAGAGUGUGGAGCGGCGCUACCAGCAGCUGAAGGAGCGCCAGGAGCUCAAGUACACGGUGAGGCUGCGUGACGAGGCCAAGUGCCUCAAGUCCCUCCAGGAGAAGGAGUGCGGGAGGAUGCAAGAGCUGAAGGGUGAUGGGAGAGAGAAGCAGUGGUUCCUGCAGCAGCAGCAGGAGAAACUCAAUGCAGCCCUGCAGAGGGUCGUCCAGGAGCACAAGAAGGAGAUGAUGUCCAUUGACUGGGAGUGUAUCAGCAAGAUCCAGAGCCUCCGGAGAGACUGAGAGUCUGUGGUGUGGAGCAUGGAGCAAGGGCAUCUGCAGAAGUACCAGCUCUUCAGGCAGCAGGUGAAGGAGCAGCACAUGCUGCACAGGCAGCAGCUGCGCAAGUGCCAUGAGAAGGAGACAGAGAGGAUGAACCACUUCUACCAGCUCCUGCUGGAGGAUGUGAGGAGCCAGCAGGCGCAAGAGCAGGCUCAGCUGCUGAAAAGCCAGCGCUGCGAUGCCAAAACCCACCUGGCCCUCUUCAAGGAGAACCUGAAGCUCCAGGAGGCAACAGGGGACGAGCAGAGGGAGAGGACCAAGCAGUUCAUGCAGCAGGAGGAGCGGUGGCAGCGAGCAGAGGCGCAGCAGCAGCAGGAGCAGCAGCUGCAGCAGCUGCAGCAGCAGCAGGCGGAGAGCCUGGCAGAGCUGGAGCAGAUGCAGAGCGAGAAGAUGCAGCUCCUGGCAGAGCAGGAGAGGAGGCAGCUGGGGCGGCUGGAGCAGGAGUACGCCAUGGAGCUCAGCGAGUGGAAGCAAUGGCUGGCUGCCCGCAAGGAGAUGCUGGAGGAGGAACUGGGGAACUCACUGCCAGUGCAGCAGCGAGGAGGGCUGCAUGGCACCCACAGCAGCAACAGGAUCUCCCGCUUCUUUCAUCUCCCCUGUUGACACUACGGUAUGGGUUACUGGGGAGCAAGAGGCAGGAGAUACCUGGGAACCGGUCCCACAGCUCUUGUGGGAGGUGGAACUGAAGGACCUUUCAAGGCUGGGUGAGAUGAGGCCUUGAACAACCUGGUCCAGUGGGAGGUGUCCCUGCCACGGCAGGGAGGCAGAACUGGAUGGUCUUUAAGGUCUUUAAGGUCUCUUCCAACCCAACCCAUUCCAUAACUUUGUGAUCUCAAAGACAACACGAAG